UGAACUACAAAUAAAAGAAAGCGUCAGCAAAGAUGGUGAAGUCGAAGGACGGAGCUAAGCAUUCUUAACGAUCAAAUGUCUAAAUUAGCGGUGAAGAAUACAUUAAGAGUCGGUCAACAUGUAAGUGUCGAUUCACGAGGGAUCUGCUCGAUGUGAAUAAAGCACUUGUCAGCUCUCGAGAAAAGCAGCUCGGAAAGACGUCGAGUAAGACUUUGACAAGACCUUGAGUAACCUACCUGUUUGUACAUUUACGUUAAGAAAAUAAACAUCAUGAGAGGAGGAAGAAGGACCGAUAUUGUCUUCUUUGCAAAUCAGAAAGUAGGAGCAUGGAUAAGCUAUUGGUCGAGCAAGCGAUAGAGUCUAUCGUGUUUAUAAAGAUGACAACUGUAUUGGAUGGUAGCUAUCAACAGCUCGAGCCUUACGACGAGGGCGAGGGUGACGGUGACGAUGACGACGAACGCGAAGAAACGCCUCAAGAAUCGGGUGUAAUGAUACACGUAGUACCGGAGGGAAACAAAGCGAGAUGGAAUCAUAUAGAAGACUUGGAUUCUUUCUUCACGAGAAUGUAUCAUUAUCAUCAAAAGCAUGGUUUCGCAUGCAUGAUGCUUCAAGAAAUUUUUGAAUUAGGACAGUUCAUUUUCGUAGUCACCUUCUCCACGUUUCUCUUUCAUUGUGUCGAUUAUUCCGUACUGUUCAAAGAUAAGAUGGUAAACAAACCGCAGAAAAUAUCGAUCAACGAUGCCAUAUUGUCAACAGGAGAAUGCACAGCUUCUAUGGGAUUGAUCACGUGGAUUUGCAUUUUAGUAGCAGCUAUUUUUUGGAUUCUACGUGCCGUUAAAGUUCUCUAUCACCUUACUCAGUUUUGGGAUAUAAAAUUAUUCUUUAACGUAGCACUAAAAAUCGAAGACUGUGAUUUGGAUAAUUUAACAUGGCACGAAGUGCAAAAGAGAGUAAGAGAGGUUCAGAAAGAACAGGAAAUGUGUAUUCAUAAAAGAGAACUCACGGAAUUAGAUAUAUAUCAUAGGAUAUUAAGAUUUAAAAAUUAUAUGGUGGCUAUGAUCAACAAGUCGCUGUUACCGGUGCGACUGAAGGUCCCUGUUAUCGGCGAAGUCAUUUUUAUGACAAGAGGAUUGAAGUACAAUAUGGAACUACUCUUAUUCUGGGGACCAUGGUCGCCUUUUGAAAAUAAUUGGCACUUGAAGGAAGAUUAUAAGAAACUAUGUAAGAGGCAGGAACUGGCGCGAACGCUGUCGAAACAUAUUUUGUGGGUGGGAAUAGCAAAUUUUGUAUUGUGCCCGUUAAUUCUCUUGUGGCAAAUCCUCUAUUCGUUUUUCAACUACGCCGAAAUUAUAAAGAGAGAGCCAGGUACUCUGGGAACAAGAAUGUGGUCUCUGUACGGUCGACUUUAUCUUCGUCAUUUCAACGAACUCGAUCACGAAUUAAAUGCCCGCUUAAAUCGUGCCUACCGUCCAGCUUCGAAGUACAUGAGCAUAUUCACUUCACCUAUAAUGACGGUUAUCGCAAAAAAUGUUGCAUUCGUAACUGGAAGUAUACUAGCUGUUCUAUUGAUAUUGACGGUAUACGACGAAGACGUUUUAACGGUCGAGCACGUUUUAACGACUAUGACCAUAUUGGGAGCGAUGGUAGCUGGUUCAAGAGCUUUCAUACCCGAUGAAAAUUUAGUAUGGUGUCCAGAAGCAUUAUUGACCGCUGUGCUAGCACAUACGCAUUAUAGGCCGGACAGUUGGCGAGGUCAUGCUCAUAUGCAAACUACAAGAGCACAGGUAGCUCAACUCUUCCAAUACCGUGCUGUUCAUUUAUUGGAAGAAUUGAUAUCUCCUUUAUUAACACCAUUUAUUUUGUGCUUCCACAUGAGACAAAGAGCUUUAGAUAUCGUUGACUUUUAUCGUAAUUUUACUAUCGAAGUGACUGGCGUUGGUGACGUAUGUAGUUUCGCUCAGAUGGAUGUACGAAAACAUGGAAAUCCAAUGUGGCAAACUGUUGCUCAAAGUCCUAUAGACGAUCGUAAUACAGGAUACGAUAAUCCUGGAUAUAUCACCGACGCAGCCAAGUUACACGUUCCGAUGUCUAAUCAAUACACCCAAGCCGAGGAUGGUAAAACCGAGUUAUCGCUGAUACACUUUACGUUGACGAAUCCGGAAUGGAAGCCACCGAGUCACGCGGAAAACUUUGUCGCGGCAUUGAGAGAGAGAGCGAAAAAGGAAGUAAAUGGUGUACCGACCGAUGUAAACCCAUUGCUCGCAAGUUUGAACAGUUUAUCUGGUUUAGGACCUGGAUACAACGACUUGGUAUCGAAUAUUAUUCGAAGUACGAUGAUAAACCAAGUCAGUGUUCCAAAUGUAAGCAGUGCGUUUACAAAUCAGGCUGGUAUUUUAGGUGCUUCGGUCCCGAUGGACGAAGCAUCUAUCAGUCAAAGAUCGGACAAUAUUUCAUAUCCUGUGCGUCGUGGUUUGAGGAAGGCUGAAGGUCCGUUGCACAAUGAUAAAGGAUUUUUAUACGGAUUGCAACAAGGCAUAUCGAAUCAAUCUCUUGGUGCAUCCGUUUUUGGAUCGGCAAACGAAUUAGCUACGGAUCUGUCGGUACCGAUAGAAUUAACUGCAGCUGAUAUGUCACUAUCUACAUUGUACCUGCACGAGCUUCAUCACAGACAAGUACGUAGGCGAGGCUAUCAAGAAAUGGCGACAAGAAGUGUGUGGCAACGAAGUCCAGUCCAAGAAUUAGCAACGCUUCCUGAAGUCAGACAAGAAAGAGCUCCUUUACUGCUACAUCAAGACUCUUCUAUAAGAAAUAAUAGAGAAUCCUAGCGUAACGGUCGACGAUGAUCGUUCGACAUUGAAAAUUUCUAGUUAAUUCAUGCUUCUCGGUUUUAGAUGAAACAAUAGAUUUAUUUAACCGAGUAUCGAUAUUAUAGUGCAUAAAGAAGGAUUUUCGCGCGAGAUCAACGAUCAAAUAAUAUGCCUACGCUCGUGGCGAAGGGGCCUAUUCUGGUGUGAUUUUUUUAGAUUUGAAUUCGUCAGGAAUAAUCGCUUGUGUUAAUUUUUGUCCGGUGUAUCGAGUUGUUGAAAUUUGUAAUCCGUAUUAGAAAAAGAAAAUUAUUGAAAAAGAAAAAAAAAACGAGAUUGCUCUUUAAAACGAUGGACAGAUACUAACAUGGAACGAUAAAAUAAUGAUGAUGAUGAUGAUGAUGAUCAAUAAUGAUGAUAAUGAUGAUGAUGAUUAUGGUGAUUAUGAUAAUGAUAAUGAUGAUAAAUAGUAGAUAAAAAUUACUUCGACGAGAUCCAAUGCAGAUAAUUUAAAGGAUAUACAUAUGUAUGUAUAUAUAUAUAUAUAUAUAUAUAUAUAUAUAUAUAUACAUAUAUACAUAUAUAUAUUUAUCUUGGAAUCGUUUGUUCAUUGAUUACUUCGUACUACGAUCAUCGUCACGAACGUGAUGAUUGUCACAUCGUGUAUCGUAAACAAUAAUCUUUAAUCUUUUUGUCCUCUUUUUUUUCCGAUGCCACGAUUCUCUCUAGUCAUAUGAAAAUGAUAAAAAUAAUAUCGUUUUAUGUAGCGCGUGACGAAUAUAUAUUGUAUUUAAUCUUUUUUAUCGAAACGUAAAGUCUAUUUAUAAAUAUCUCGUCGCUCUCUGUGCUACUAUUAAUAAGCGUGGCAAUUGAAUUUUUUUUUAAUCUGCUUCGUUAUUAUAUUAGGUAAAUGAUACAACUCUCAGACACAAGUGUAAAUAUUGUUGCACGACGAACUUGAAAAAAAAAAGAAGAAAA